UGAUAGUCUGCUAAGUCAAGCUAUUACCUAAAAGCUUAUCUCCGCAAAUUGUAUCGAAUCAUUCAUCCCCCUUCUCUCUCUCUCACCACCACCAACUACAACUCCAAAACCUUAUCUUCAAAUCAAACUCAGAACAACAAGAACAAAAAAGAACGGCCGGAAAUUCAUCUAUAAACUAUAAUAUUUUAUAAAGAUGAACGGCGCCGGCGAUGUGUACAGCGCUGUUGAGUCACAGUACAUUCGGAGACACCACAGGCAUCAGAUUAACGAUAAUCAGUGCACUUCUACUCUUGUUAAGCAUAUCAAAGCUCCUGUUCAUCUUGUUUGGUCGCUGGUGAGGCGGUUUGAUCAGCCACAGAGGUACAAGCCGUUUGUGAGUAGGUGUAUAGUUAACGGAGAGUUGGGGAUUGGAAGUGUUAGGGAAGUGAACGUUAAAUCUGGACUACCUGCUACUACAAGCACUGAGAUGCUUGAACUUCUCGAUGACGAAGAACACAUUCUUGGGAUCAAGAUUGUGGGUGGUGAUCAUAGGCUAAAGAACUAUUCUUCAGUCAUGACUGUUCAUCCUGAGGUUAUUGAUGGAAGACCGGGGACGUUAGUUAUUGAGUCCUUUGUGGUGGACGCGCCUGAUGGAAACACCAAGGAUGAGACAUGUUACUUUGUGAAGGCUCUCAUCAAGUGCAAUCUCAAAUCUUUGGCUGAUGUAUCAGAGCGGAUGGCAUUGCAGGAUCGUGUUGAACCUAUCAAUCGAUUCUGAAUGGGUGGGUUCGGUAUAUGCUAUUAUGCCUACUAUGGUUGCUGUGCCUGCUAUGUGAAGGUCCUUAUACCAGAAGAUAUGUAGAGAUUGUUGGGAGUAGGCUUUCCUAUUUCCAGAAGUUUUGCAUGUGGUGCUGGAAUUCCCUUUUUCAGCCCAUGGACGCCAUUUUUUUACCUGUUUUCCCUUAGUUUGCUUUGUCCCUCAACAUCUGAUGUGGGGUUUCCCCUGUUUUAUUUAUUAGGUCUCAGACAAGUUUCCUCAAAGCUCCUAUUAUUGGGGAAACAUAGGUCCUUUUUCACUGUUGCUUUUACUGUUUUGUGUAUGGUGUGUAAAUGACUUUGGUCAUCUGUAAAUAUCCACGUAACAAACACAGUUGGUCCCUUCAAA